UGAGAGAUAAGAGUCCGUCUCUUCCGCUUCGCUCGUGACAUUCGUGACAAUUUGGGAUAAAAUUGCGUAGAAUUGAAUUUGCACUGAAGCGUCCCUUUAAGGAAUGUUUGUAGAAGCAGAGGGGCUGAAUUAUUUUUUUGAGGAGAUGCUAGAUAUUUCAUUUUGAAAUGCAUGAACAAUUCCUAGAACUUCCUAAAACAUACUGAUUCAAAAGCAAAGUUUAGUAUAAGUUCUUCUCCCACCAGAGUUUAAAGAGAUCAGACUCACUGAGGGCUGUGAGGGGAAUCUGGAAGUGUCCUACAAUGGAACCUGGGGUAAUGUGUGUUUAAAUGGGAUGAAUGAAGAAACAGCAAGUUUAAUCUGUCAAGAACUGAACUGUGGAAGAUCUGGCAGUGAGUCUUGGGCCAAAGCAAGAGUGAAAUCAGUGCUUAACUGGCUAGACAAUCUGAAAUGUAGGAAACAUGACUCCACUCUGUGGCAUUGUCCAUCUUCACCCUGGAGAGAGAACAACUGUGAUAAAGACAAUGAGGUGGCUCACAUUACCUGCUCAGAAGAUGAAAAUGAUCAUGUGGUACGAAGUCGUCUGAAAUGCUCCUCAUCUCCUCAUCACAGACAGUGCUCAAAUCACCUGCCUCUCAGGCUGAGGGGAGGAAAGGGAAUCUGCUCUGGGAGGCUGGAGGUGUAUCAUAAUGCUAAGUGGGGGUCCAUCUGUGAUGAUCUGUGGGACAUCAGGGAUGCUCAGGUGGUCUGCAGGCAGCUGGGCUGUGGGCCGGCGCUGAGUGCUGAUGGGAGUGCUGUCUUUGGAGCUGGUGUAGGGCCUAUCUGGCUGAACAGAGUGAAGUGUAGAGGGAAUGAGAUUCACCUGUGGGACUGUCCUCAUUCCCUGAAGAACCACACUGACUGCUCCCACAGGCAGGACGCUGGAGUCACCUGUGCAGACAUGUAUGUUCCUUCUACUACUGUACCCAUAAUCACAACCACCACCUCCACCAUCACAGUUGGUCAGACAGUGAAGGGAACAAACACUCCUCUACAAGAUCUUCCACCAGCUGUUCCGUCCAUCUAUCCAGUGUCUCUCCUGGUUCUGGGAGCGGUGCUCUUCCUGGCCUUAGUGCUUCUGGUUGUGCUGUUUUACCAGAACAGAGUGCUCAGGAGAGUGCUCUCUAAGAGGAGGCGUAAGACUCUGACUGAGGCAGUCUAUGAGGAGAUCAACCGCAGAUCCAUCACUAAAAGAAAUGACUCAGGUCAAAGGGGAAGUAUCUUCUCUGAAGAGCAGCAUUCAGGAUAUGAGGAUGUGGAUGUGGAGCUUCUCUCAGGAUAUGAGGAUGUGGAUGAGAAGCUUCUCUCAGCAAAGUCUCUGACUGGCGUAAAGGCCGAAUAUUAUGAUGAUGUCACCACCAGUGGCCUGAGAGGUGAGUCAGCAAAAGAGGACACAGCAGAGAACUAUGAUGAUGUCAUCACUGCUGGACAGAUCUCUGAUAGUGUAGCAGAGGACGUAGCAGAGAAUUAUGAUGAUGUCAUCACUGCUGAUCAGAGCUCAGCUGUUGUAACAGGUUUGACUUGUAAUGUAACAACACUGUAA